GGCGGUGCUGCGGCGCCCGGGACACCUUGGCGAGGCGGCGGGGCGGUGCGCAGAGGAGCGGCGGCUUUCGGAGCGGACGGGCGUGGGGCGAGGCCGGGCUGCAGCAGACACAGGAUUCCAGCAACAAUGUCGAAGCACCACGAUGCAGGGACUGCUUUCAUCCAGACCCAGCAGCUGCAUGCUGCCAUGGCUGACACCUUCCUGGAGCACAUGUGCCGCUUGGACAUUGACUCAGAGCCAACCAUCGCGAGGAACACGGGCAUCAUCUGCACCAUCGGCCCAGCCUCCCGCUCGGUGGAGAAGCUGAAAGAAAUGAUUAAAUCUGGGAUGAACGUUGCCCGCCUCAACUUCUCUCACGGCACUCAUGAGUAUCAUGAGGGCACAAUCAAGAAUGUGCGAGAAGCUACAGAGAGCUUUGCUUCUGAUCCCAUCACCUACAGACCUGUGGCUAUUGCACUGGAUACCAAGGGACCUGAAAUCCGAACUGGACUCAUUAAGGGAAGUGGCACAGCAGAAGUGGAGCUGAAGAAAGGUUCAUCGCUCAAAGUCACCCUGGAUGAUGCCUUCAUGGAGAAAUGCGACGAGAACGUCCUGUGGUUGGACUACAAGAACCUCACCAAGGUCGUAGAAGUUGGCAGCAAAAUCUACGUGGAUGAUGGUCUGAUUUCCUUGCUGGUUAAGGAGAGAGGCAAGGACUACGUUAUGACGGAGGUGGAGAACGGUGGCAUGCUGGGCAGCAAGAAGGGAGUGAACCUGCCUGGUGCCGCUGUCGACCUGCCUGCAGUCUCUCAGAAGGAUAUCCAGGACUUAAAAUUCGGCGUGGAGCAGAAUGUGGAUAUAGUGUUUGCUUCCUUCAUCCGCAAAGCUGCUGAUGUCCAUGCUGUCAGGAACGUGCUAGGGGAAAAGGGAAAGAACAUCAAGAUCAUCAGCAAGAUUGAGAACCAUGAGGGUGUGCGCAGGUUUGAUGAGAUCCUGGAGGCCAGUGAUGGCAUCAUGGUGGCCCGUGGUGACCUGGGCAUCGAGAUCCCUGCUGAAAAGGUCUUCCUUGCCCAGAAGAUGAUGAUUGGGCGCUGCAACAGGGCUGGUAAGCCCGUCAUCUGUGCCACUCAGAUGCUGGAAAGCAUGAUCAAGAAGCCUCGCCCGACCCGCGCUGAGGGCAGUGAUGUUGCUAAUGCUGUCUUGGAUGGAGCUGACUGCAUCAUGCUCUCCGGAGAGACUGCCAAGGGAGACUACCCGCUGGAGGCUGUGCGCAUGCAGCACGCUAUCGCUCGUGAGGCUGAGGCCGCAAUGUUCCAUCGUCAGCUGUUCGAAGAGAUUUUACGCCUCAAUGUUAACAACAGAGACCCUGCUGAUGCCAUGGCAGUAGGCGCAGUGGAGGCCUCUUUUAAGUGCUUAGCUCCAGCCCUGAUAGUUCUGACCGAGUCUGGCAGGUCUGCGCACCUCGUGUCCCGGUACCGCCCGCGGGCUCCCAUCAUCGCGGUGACCCGCAAUGACCAGACCGCGCGCCAGGCACACCUCUACCGCGGCAUCUUCCCUGUCCUCUGCAAAGAGCCAGCCCUGGACGCCUGGGCUGAGGACGUGGACCUCCGCGUCAACCUGGGCAUGAAUGUUGGCAAAGCACGUGGGUUCUUCAAGAGCGGUGACCUGGUCAUUGUGCUGACGGGCUGGCGCCCUGGCUCCGGCUACACCAACACCAUGCGUGUGGUGCCCGUUCCUUGAGCAACUUGACUCCAACCAGCACCAACCACCUUCCUUCCCCCUUCCCCUCGCUCCCCUCUCCCCUCGCGUUAGGCCCGCCAUCGCUUGCGCUGUUCUUCUCCCUAGCGUGGACGUAGGUUGCUAAACACCACCCAGUGCAGCAGCAGCAGGGGGAAGAGACCUUAAAUCACUAUAAAAGUACAUACUUGAA